CGACUGCUUGCCUCACACGAAACACGGCAUGAUCAUGAAAGUAAACAAAACACAAUGAGUAGGUGUUUUAAACAUCGGGCAAUGACACAACAAUCCCUUGAAUUAAUUUUAUAAACUUAAGUUGAAGUGAACUCACUUCUUCCUUCGUCGUUUAUUUCAAAAUCAAUAUGCCAGUGAAAUAUUGGAUGUUCCCUGAUGGAAGAUCACCUGUUCGGGCUAAGCUUUGGAACUGGUCAUCUAACUUUGUGUGUGGACUUGUUGGGGUUGUUUCCAAAAUAUAUUUAGAACGGUUAAACAGUUGCACUGUGUACAACAGAGAGAAAAUGAUAGAUACGGUUGAUGAAAUGAGGAAAUCUGGGCGAAGUUUGAUUACAUACUGUAACCAUGACAGCUGUAUUGAUGACCCCACGACCCAUGCCAUGAUGAAGUGGAGGCAGGUAGUGAACGGAGAGAGACUGCGCUGGGUCCUGGUGGCAGACGAGAUCUGCUUCACGUCCAAACCUCUGGCUCUCUUCUUCAGCCUCGGGAAAGCCAUUCCUACCAUUAGGGGCAAGGGCAUCUACCAGAAACCCAUGGACUUUGCCAUGGAGAAGAUUGAUCAGGGGGGUUGGGUCCAUGUAUUUCCAGAAGGGAAAAUUAACCUAGAAAAAACCUAUAUGAGAUUUAAAUGGGGGAUAGGAAGAUUGCUAACAGAAGCUAAGCAAUGUCCCAUUGUACUACCAUACUACCACAUGGGCAUGGACGAUGCUUUGCCAACAAAGACCCCAUAUAUUCCUAGAAUUAAACAGAAAAUCACUAUUUUAGUGGGAACUCCUAUAGACUUCUCAGAGGAGAUAGAACGCUUACGACACAAGAUGACUGCAACUGAACUCAGGAAACAUUUCACAGACAUUCUUCAAGAAAAACUCUAUGCGCUUCGCAAAGAGGCAGAAGAGCUUCAUCAAAAACACAAGGAAAGUUGACAUCAUGAAGAUGUUUAAAUAAUAUGGUUCUAUGCAAUGUAGAUAUUUAUGUAUCAAACUUUUUACUAAGACAGUAAUAUGAACUUAGAUCUGUAAGUUUAUUAACAUUUUUGUUAAGCUUAACAUUCUAUCUUAACAUCAGGACAUGUUGAUUGGUGUUUUUAACCUUGAUGUACAAAAAAUACUUUUGUUGAAAUAUAUUUUCAUAUUCUUUUAUAUAU